UCUUGUUUCUUGAAGUGCGCAAGGAAGAAGGUGGUUCUAUACUUGUUUGGAUUCGUGGCUUUUGGGCGAAUGGGAGCUUGCGGAUUGAAUUGACGUUGUUUUAGUUUAUAGCGGAGUAAAAUGGAUGGUGGUGAUGGAACUGUGAGGCUUGGGGCUCUGAACUUGAAGCCGGAUCGGAGCGGCUUUGAUUUGGGACCUGAUGUGUCUGUUUCGUCUCCGGUGACCAGGCAGAAAGCCGCCGCUGCUAAACAGUUUAUAGAGAAUCAUUACAAGAAUUAUCUCCAAGGUCUGCAGGAUCGCAAAGAGAGACGGAGAACGCUUCAACGAAGAGCGCAAGAAGCUCAGGUAUCAGCUGAAGAACAGGAAGAGAUGUUGAGGAAUUUGGAACGCAGAGAAACAGAAUUUAUGAGACUGCAAAGACGUAAAGUUGGAAUUGAUGACUUUGAACAAUUAACAGUCAUCGGUAAAGGUGCAUUUGGUGAGGUUAGAUUAUGUCGUGCAAAGGGAACUGGGGAAAUUUUUGCCAUGAAGAAGCUGAAGAAAUCAGAGAUGCUUAGCCGUGGGCAGGUUGAGCAUGUUCGAUCCGAGAGGAAUUUACUUGCAGAGGUUGAUAGUCGAUGCAUUGUAAAACUCUUCUAUUCUUUUCAAGACUCUGAAUUCUUAUACCUUAUUAUGGAGUAUUUACCUGGCGGUGACAUUAUGACAUUACUAAUGAGAGAAGACGUUCUGUCGGAGGAUGUUGCUCGCUUUUACAUAGCAGAGAGCGUUUUAGCUAUUCAUUCAAUUCAUCAGCACAAUUAUAUACAUAGGGAUAUAAAACCAGAUAACCUGAUACUAGAUAAGAAUGGCCAUCUGAAGCUUUCAGAUUUUGGCUUGUGCAAGCCUCUGGAUGAUAAGUAUUCAAGUAUACUUUUGAAUGACGAAGAUUUAACAGCCCAGCAGGCCAAAAGUGAAGGUCAAGGUCAUACUGACACUAAUGGAUCCCAAUGGAUGAUGCCAAAAGAACAAAUUCAACAGUGGAAGCGUAAUCGCCGUGCAUUGGCUUUUUCAACUGUUGGGACCCUGGAUUACAUGGCACCUGAAGUAUUGCUUAAGAAAGGAUAUGGGAUGGAGUGUGAUUGGUGGUCAUUAGGGGCUAUUAUGUAUGAAAUGCUGGCUGGUUAUCCUCCUUUUUGUUCUGAUGAUCCAAGGAUGACUUUCCGCAAGAUAAUAAAUUGGAGAACUUGCCUGAAAUUUCCCGAGGAACCGAAAAUCUCAGAGGAAGCCAAGGAUCUUAUCAUUCACUUGCUAUGUGAUGUUGAAACCAGGUUGGGAACUCGAGGAGUAGAGGAAAUAAAGGCACAUCCAUGGUUCAAAGGGAUUCAUUGGGAUAAGCUGUACGAAAUGGAAGCUGCGUACAAACCAACUGUCACAGGAGAACUAGACACUCAGAACUUUGAGAAAUUUCCUGAAGUUCAAGACCCUCCAUCAGAUAUGCCAACUGUUGGCCCUUGGAGGAAGAUGCUAACUUCAAAAGAUACCAAUUUCAUUGGAUUUACUUUUAAGAAGUCAAACGUCAAAUCACUUGAGAGUACAGGUACAGAAAUUCAUUCGAACAUGUCAUGGAAAACACCGUCUCUAGUUUCCUUGUUGGGUCGAAUAGAUUUGCAAGAAACUGUGAUACCAGAAGUUGAGCAAAAGCAGGAAGGAUAAGACUUUCCUUCUUCUGUGAGUAAAUUUUGCUGAAAAGAAAUUACACAAUAUAUAUGAGGUUUGCCCACAGUAGUUUGAUAUUAUAUGAAGAUUAUUAUCACUUUUAAGAUAAUGCUUCACUUCUGAAUACUGUUAUAUUUCAUUACAACUGUAAAGAAAAAUAAGCAUCUGAGUUCAAUAGGAUUAAUUUUUCUUCUUCACAUCA